AUGGCGAUGAUGCGGACCAGGACCAAAAGCCGAGGUAUGUGCCUCUGCCUUCUCGGGAUCGCAUUGGCGCUGCUCGUGCAGCCGAGCACGGACUUUGCUCGAGGAGUUCCUGGGCUGAAGGACAGCAUAUUGGCAAAACGGCACCCGUUGCAUGCCGGAGUCGCUCGGCGCGCCGGGGCUGCGCAAGAGGACAACAGUGGCCAGGCCUGGGGGACACGUGCAUCGGGCGAGGUGGUCGCAGAAGCCGACAGGGUGCUGGAGGACAACGGCACGGUGAAAGAGACCAAAGCCGUCUUGCGAAAAGCGCAGAAGAUAUAUCCAGGGAAGUGGACCCUUUCAGGGAAGAAAGACGAGUUGCAACAAAAACUGCGCGAGUUUGUGGAGGAGGCCAAAGCAACCAAAAAGGGCUUGGAAGAGGAUUCCCACAGGGCACAGGUGACAAGCUGGCACCCUGGGCGUGGCGGAGUUGCUUCGCGCGCCAGCCCGCAGCAGGACAGUGGUGCGGAGGACUGGCUCGCCAAGAGCCGCGAGGAGGUGGAGGGCUUCAAGAAGGCCCAGGUGUCCAGUUGGGCAGAGGCUGUGCUGAUCGAUGGUGGGCUGGAAGCAGACGACGAGCUCAUCCAGCAAACGGUGACGACACUGCAGCAGCAGGGCGUCACCGGCAAGUCCCUGCUGAAGCUCACGCUGGAAGAGCUGAUGGCAGCUCCGUGCAACAUCCCUGGCGGCCCUGCAAAGCUUCUGGCUGAGAAGAUCCGGCUGUUGCAAGAGCCCGAGGCAUCCAUCAAGGCCGCCCUGAUGAGCGGGCUGAAGUAUCGUGAUCCAUCUCGCUUGCUUCGAACGAUUGGGGCGGAUUGGGAUUACGUGGGCAUUGAAGACUUGCAGAAGCAGCUCCGGAAACCGCUUACGGAGCUUUGCCAGAACAAGGGCCUCGGCGAAGAUAAGAUGUUGCACCCGCUCUUCUUGGUCGUGGCUGCCCCAGGCCAGGGAAAAAGUCGCUUCUUGCAAGAGUUUCAUCGGCUUGCAGAAGAUACUGGCUUAAUUGGCAGCUCUUCUUAUGGCCAGCGAUUUCUCCAAUUUUUGAUCACUUUGGAAAAUGGCCAGAAAGUAGAUGCUGCACACGAUAUUUUGCCACAGACGAUUUUGGCAUCGCGGAUGCUUUGGCAAUUGCUCGCGAAGGCAGACUUUACACGAUUCGGAUGGGCUGGCUUGCCUCCAAACUUUACGUUUGGUCAGCUUCGUGCAGCUGUUGCAACUGAAGGCAUCCUUGUUGACGACGUCAUUCAGGCACUGGAGAAGGGCGAAGGGUUAAGUGGAGCCAAGUGGAGUUUGAGUCUGGCACUGGAUGGGCUGCACAACUUGCCUGGCUCGGAAGACACGUCAAGCAAGAGCACACUUUUCUACCAGACCAUGCAAGCUGUAUGCCAACAAGUGAAUCAGGAUAUGGGCCCCUUAGUGGUGGGAGUAAUUUCUGCCACUACGCGAGUAGGCGUUGAAUCAUCUUUAGCCGACAGCCCUCAGCAGCGCGCAUUUAUUCACUUGCCUAGGGUAGAAAUUGUGCAGCGGCUCGGCAAAGAUGUUUUUAACUUCUCUGGCAAUAAGAUCCUGGAGCUUGUUCAAUCAGACAUGGGAGGGCAUGGUCGAGCUUUGGAACAGCUCGAAGCAAUAGGAAUCCAAGAUCCAAGAUCUGCAGAGAAUGUAGUGCAAGAGGUGCGAGUGAGACUUUACACUGCGUAUCCAAAUGCCAUUCCGGAUGAUUUCUUGCCUGUCCUAAAAGCUGCAUUGGCUGGAAAAUGGCUGAAAGUCAAUGAAGCUGUUGGCGGCCAGAACCCUGAAAAGCUGCAAUUGGUUCAGCUGGAGUACAGCCCAAGCGGAAAGCGGCGUCGACUUUUGCUGCCAUAUAUUUGGAUCCACCUUGCUAUCGUUGAUGAACCGCAGCUGCAAGAUUGGGCGUUGUUGGACUACAGAGACAUCAACGACAAGCCAGACCCGAAUGGCUUUGAUUGGGAAACCUUCUUGGUGCGCUUCCGGGCCUUGAAAUCACUGGUGUGGAAUGAUGGUGAGAGUGUUAGCCUUUCUGAUCUGCAUGCCGGUGCUCUGAUCAACCCCACAGCCUUUGGUGGGCGGUGUGUCAAGAACAGACCCCUGCAAAUUGUCACUGCAAAGGGGUGGACUGCGACGAACGCGCAGCAUUUCGGACUGAAGAAAGGGCAAGGUGGUACCAUAGGACCAGAUGGGCAAACAGCUCUUAGAGGAGAAGAACUCCAGAAUGGUAAUUACUCCUACAUAGUGCGAAAUGCAAGGAGCGCACCUGCAGCCGACUUUGCAGCACUUCUCGAGGACGCCAGUGGUAAACCUUUCUCAGAAUGUGGACAAGCAAAGCAAGGUCAAGCAAAUGUGGACAAUCAAGUCAUUCAAGAUGAACGUGCCAAAAGCUGCGACGCAGAUGAUGUUUUGAUUCUCUUCUGCACAAAGGAGAAACACAUCCAGCAGCAGGAUUUGCCCCCAAUGACAGGCAUCGUUCAACCAGCCCAAUGGCUGGAAUACUUUGGUCCAUAUGUAGGGCGCGCUUGGGCAAUGCAACAAGACAACAGGACGCCGUGA